ACUUCCGGCGAGGCGCUGGAGGCGGGAGAAUGAGGGAAUAAGGCUGGAAGACGAGCCUCCAGGAGCACCCUGCCAUGCCCUGUUCUGUGGUUGGUUUGUGAUAGAACCACCUCAUAAAACACACCUUUGUGCCCUGGACUGCCAAUUAAUCGAUGACUUCAUUUUGGGAAUUUCAUCCUGUCUUGCCCUCCCAAUGAAUCCAUCGACGUCGAUUUGGGAACACUAUCUGAAACCUGCAGAAUGUUCCCUCGGUGAGGGGAAGGCUGUUGCACAAUGGCAGUGUUUGAUACCCCCCAGGAGGCCUUUGGCAUCUUACGUCCAGUCUGUGUUCAGCUCACAAAGGCCCAGACGGUGGAGAACGUGGAACAUCUGCAGGCUCAGUUACAAGCCGUGAGUGACGCUGCCCUUCAGGAGCUGCAGCAGUACGUCCUCUUCCCCUUGCGGUUCGCCCUCAAGACCCCAGGUCCCAAAAGAGAUCGCUUGAUCCAGAGCGUGGUGGAGUGCCUCACCUUCAUCCUCUCGUCAACAUGUGUGAGGGAGCAGGAGCUUCUCCAAGACCUCUUCUCGGAACUUUCCACCUGCCUGUACUCACCCAGCUCCCAAAAGCCCGCAGCUGCGUCAGAGGAGUUGAAAUUGGCUGUGAUCCGGGGACUUAGCACCUUAAUGCACUCGGCUUAUGGCGACAUCAUUCUGGCUUUUUAUGAGCCCUCCAUUCUGCCUCGUUUAGGAUUUGCUGUGUCUUUACUGUUGGGCUUGGCAGAACAGGAGAAGUCAAAGCAAAUUAAAAUCGCUGCCUUACAGUGUCUCCAGGUUCUGCUCCUACAGUGCGAUUGUCAAGACCACCCGAAGCACCUGGGUGAGCUCAAGGAACAGCAGCUGGGGGACUUGCUGGCCUCUUUCUUACCAGGAAUCUCCACUGCACUGACCAGGAUCAUCACAGGAGACUUUAAACAAGGUCACAGCAUCGUAGUAUCUUCCCUAAAGGUCUUUCACAAGACAGUGGGCUUCAUUUUGGCAGAUGAACAGCUCAGGAGAAUCCCAAAGAUUCAAGCAAAACCUGCUGUUGAGCACAGACUUGCUGACCUAAUGGUUCACAGGGAAGCAGAUUGGGUAAAAAGUACUGGCGACAAGUUGGCAAUCCUUAUUAAAAAGAUAAUUGAGUGUGUUUCUGUGCACCCACACUGGAAAGUGAGGCUGGAACUUGUAGAAUUUGUGGAGACCCUUCUGUUGAAGUGCAGUCAGUCCCUGGUUGAAUCUGGGGGACCCCUCCUGAAGGCUUUGGUGGGCCUCGUGAAUGAUGAGAGUCCUGAAGUCCAGGCUGCAUGCCGUGAAGUGCUAAGACUCUUUGCAGAUCAGAAAGUAGUGAUGGGCAACAGAGCCUUUGCUGACCUCUUGUCAGAAAGCCUGUAUUCCCUUGCCACGUCUCUUCCCCGCCUAAUGAACACCCAAGAUGAUCAGGGCAAAUUCUCUACCCUCUCCUUGUUACUUGGGUAUCUGAAACUUUUGGGCCCAAAAAUAAACUUUGUUCUCAAUUCUGUAGCCCAUCUCCAGCGCCUCUCUAGAGCUCUCAUCCAGGUUCUCGAACUAGAUGUGGCUGAUGUCAAAAUAGUGGAAGAACGGCGCUGGAACUCUGAUGAGCUGAAUGCUCCUAUGAAGGCCUUGGCUACACGACCAUGGACCCACGUCCAGAGGAGACACUUCUGCCUCUUCACUGACGAGAGAGUCUUCCUGCUCCUGCGGCAGAUUUGUCAGCUCCUUGGUUACUAUGGGAACCUGUAUUUGCUUGUGGAUCACUUUAUGGAACUGUACCAUGAAUCAGUGGUUUACCGGAAGCAAGCUGCCAUGAUCUUGAAUGAACUGGUUAUCGGGGCUGCUGGGCUGGACGUGGAGGACAUUCAUGAAAAAUGUUCAGAAACAGGCCCAGAGGAACUGAGAGGGAUUGUGGCAUCUAUACUAGAAGAAUACACAAGCCAUGAAAACUGGUAUUUGCUUACCUGUAUGGAAGCUGAGGAGGGGGAGGAGCAGCCAGGCCUCCAGGCCAUCACAUCUGGUGCACACACCUGCCAAGUCGUGUCUUUUCCAGCCUUCUCCAAGCCAGGUCCCACUAUUUGCUCCAUGAACAGUAACAUCUGGCAGAUAUGCAUCCAGCUGGAAGGCAUUGGCCAGUUUGCAUAUGCCCUAGGCAAAGACUUUCGUCUGCUCCUGAUGUCCGCCCUCUAUCCAGUAUUGGAGAAGGCUGGAGACCAAACCUUGCUCAUUAGUCAAGUGGCCACCAGCACCAUGGUAGACAUUUGCCACGCUUGUGGCUAUGACUCCCUGCAGCACCUCAUCAAUCAGAAUUCAGACUACUUGGUGAAUGGUAUCUCUCUACACCUGCGUCAUCUAGCUCUGCAUCCUCAUACCCCACAGGUCUUAGAAGUCAUGCUGCGGAACUCGGAUGCUAGCCUACUGCCUUUGGUGACAGAUGUGGUUCAAGAUGUCUUGGCCACCCUGGACCAAUUUUAUGAUAAGAGAGCUACUUCCUUUGUCAGCGUUCUGCAUGCCCUGCUGGCAGCAUUAGCCCAGUGGUUCCCAGACACAGCUGAUACCAGGCAACGCCAAGAGCUAACUGGAAAGGAGGAAGAAAGUCAAACACCAGCAGCCCAUGUGACCAGCACUACAGCCGAGGACAUUGAACGAUUCGUGCUGGGCUACCUCAAAGAGAAGGAUGUGGCAGAGGGAAAUGUCUCAGAUUAUGACAACGAAGAAGAGGAGCAGUCAGUCCCUCCCAACACGGAUAAUAACGACAUCCUUCCAGAUGUGGAGCCACCUCUGCCUGUGCAGAUCCAGAUAGCCAAGGAUGUGAUGGAACGCUGCAUCCACUUGCUGUCAGAUAAAAAUCUGAAAGUCCGCUUGAAGGUCUUGGAUGUGCUGAGCUUAUGUGUGGUGGUUCUGCAGUCCCACAAGAACCAGCUCCUUCCCUUGGCUCACCGGGCCUGGCCCUCACUCGUGCACCGGCUCACGAAUGAUGACCCCUUGGUAGUGCUGAGAGCCUUCGAGGUUUUGCGGACUCUGGGAGGCAAGUGUGGAGAUUUUCUUCGGAGCCGGUUCUGCAAAGAUGUCCUGCCAAAGCUGGCAGGCUCCUUAGUCACCCAAGCCCCCAUCAGUGCCAGGGCUGGGCCCAUUUACUCACAUACCCUGGCCUUCAAGCUGCAGCUGGCUGUCUUGCAGGGCCUGGGCCCUCUCUGUGAGAGUCUGGAUUUAGGUGAGGGUGACCUGAAUAAAGUGGCUGAUGCCUGCUUGAUUUACCUCAGCGCCAAGCAGCCCGUGAAAUUACAAGAGGCUGCCAGGAGCGUCUUCCUCCACAUGAUGAAAGUAGACCCUGACGCCACCUGGUUCCUUCUGAACGAGCUCUAUUGCCCCCUGAAGUUCACGCCCCCCCACCCCAGCCUCCACCCGGUACAGCUGCGGGGGGCCGCAGCACAGCAGAGCCCCUACACGGCCAACGUGCUCUGCCUGCUCCAGCAGCUGCAGUGACCCUGUUAGCGGACCGCCUGAUUCCCCUGCCAGCCAGAAGUUGGGCUGGCCCACCCCUGCCGGAGCACAGAGGAGCCCUGGAAGGUGGAUUAGACAGCCAAUCGAUGUAUAAAUUGAUCGAUCACACAACUGCUUAGAAAUUGGAUUGAAGGAAAGUAGCUGACUGUUAUUUAUAUUUCACUCCUCGUGUUUUCAAAUGGCAUUGUCUGGCAGCUCUAAGGGUUUAACUCCUUAGCUUGCCAUCUGCCUCACAGCCCGCCCGCCCCCCCCACACACACACACACACUAGCAGCUUAAAGCCACAUGAGCUGAGCCAUGCACUGGUUGUGUCCAGAGCCUCUGCGGCCCGUUGUGUAAGUGUCAGACAUCUCAGAACAAGAAGAAUCAGCCUUGCCGUCACAUACGCACACAAAUGGGUCCCUCUGCAUCCACACACACACCCUCAUCAAAUGAGAUGGAACCAAUUUGUAUCUAACAUGUUCUUUGGGAGAAAAAGAUGUAAAAGCACUGCUUGGGUGGAAAGUAUGAUGGAGUGCUCACUUUGAAGUUUGUUAUUGCAAUUGGGUGGUUUCUUUAGUGUUUUCAUUCUGGGGUAGGAAAUACAGAAGCCUGGUAUAAAAACCAAGUGGUACAAAGUGGGAAAUAGUUUAAAAGUCAGUCUCCCUACUCAUUUCCAAGCCACCUGCUUUCCCUCCUCAAAGGCAACCACUUAGAGUGAAGAGAUGGCUCACCGAUGAAAGGCACUUGCUUGCAAAGCCUGGGGGCCCAGGUUCAAUUACCCAGCGCCCACAUAAAGCCAGAUGCACAAAGUGGUGCGUGCAUCUGGAGUUUAUUUGCA